CGGAAGGGGAUCGAAAGCAGAGCAUGAUGGACAUGAUGCUUGACGAUCCACGCUAUACUGACACAACCAUCAAAGGAAUGGUGCAGAACAUGAUUUUAGCCGGAACUGAUACGACCACCACGACCUUGGAAUGGGCAAUGGCGCUGCUCCUCAACCACCCCCACCUCCUCCAGAAGCUCCACGGCGAAAUAGAAGCCCACGUCGGCCACGGCCGUCUUGUGGGCCCCUCCGACCUCCCGAGCCUCCGCUGCGUCACCAACGUCAUCAAGGAGACCCUGCGGUUGCACCCUCCGGGGCCGCUGCUGGUGCCAAGGGAGUCCGUGGCGGACUGCGAGGUGGGCGGCGUCGCCGUGCCGCGCGGCACGAUGCUGAUCGUGAACGCGCACAAGCUGCACCGGGAUCCGGAGCUGUGGGAGGAGCCGAGGCAGUUCAAGCCGGAGCGGUUCGAGAGGGAGGGGGAAGGGAAGGGGCACAAGUACGUGCCGUUCGGAUGCGGGAGGCGGCGCUGCCCGGGGGAAGCCAUGGCGUUGAGUUCCAUCGGGCUGGUGCUGGCGUCGCUGGUGCAGUGCUUCGAGUGGAAGAGGGUCGGGGAGGAAGAGGUGGAUCUGACAGAAGAGCCGGGUUUUACCGUACCAUCGGCCACUCCGUUGCUGGCCCUGUGCAAGCCACGCGACGCCAUGGUCGAUCUCUUGGCACAACUAUAA